AAAAAUAAAUUCUGAACGACACAAGUUUUUUGUGAAAAAAAUGAUUAAGGAAAAUAAAUUUUGAAGGAAUUGAUGUAAAGUUAAAUAGAAUUAAUUGUUUCUUCUAUACAGGGCUAUGGAGCAUUGGAGUGCAACUCAAUGCAUAUAUAACCAAAACUUUCAAAUUUUGCAAAUUUCAUCGGAGUUUAUUUAUUCCAUUCCAUAAACUCCACAAACGUUUACUGAAUGACCACUUGCUUUUUAGCAAGUACUGUAUAUCUUUACACAGAAAAUAAAAUCUGCCCUCCUGAAAAUAUGGCCUUAUAAAUGGUGAGACUAAAGAUUUCGCAUCUUGAGGCUAUACCAUGCUGAGUAGACGAACCAGCAUCUGGCACUGGGCAGGCAAAUUACCACAACUCAGUAAAAGCUGAGAAAGUGACUAACUGAUUGAAUACAGCAUAUUGGCAAAAUUGUCUUUAGGCCAUUCACACAGUUCGUACUGUAUAUUUGACUGCGCUUGAUAGAAUGAUCUUUUAUUCUAACAAAGCACGAUACAUACACACAAUUAAUUUGUUUUUAUUGUGACCAUUAAUUUUUAAAUGUCAGGUUGAUUUCCUUUAUCAUACAACAUGUGUGUAAAAUAUUUACCCUGGCCACCAGCUUUUGAAUUCAGAAAACACAAACUAAUUUUAAUCUUAGCCCAAAUAAAGCAUAAUGUGGGGGUAGAUCUACUCUGAAAUGUAAUCUAAUGUUAUUCUAUAUUCUGUAUUACACAUUUUAUUUGCCGAUUAUUUGCUGUCAUGUCUUAUAAUUUUUAUGGACAGGUUCUGUGUCCCAAGCAAAAUUGUUAGUUCCUAGAGGAUAGGAAUGUGUAUUGUAGUUCUUCUCAUUCUUUUUACCUCUCUGCACACUGCAUACCUUCCCUAAUUUAUAGCCUAUAGCAUAGGAGGCUGGGUGCAUUUUAAAUACCUUAUUAAUACUUUUCACCUUGAUUUUAUUUUCAGAAUAAGUGUGUGCUUUUUCAAUAUCACUUAUAUGGGAUUCUCCACUCUUAUAUGGGAUUCUCCAUUCUUAGGGAAUUUCCUAAAUUACUCUUUACAAAGUUAAUUUCUAUUUUAUGUAACAUUUUUAUGAUACAUAAUGAUAUCAAAUUCAUGCCAGAAGAAAUUUCCAUUUUGUUAUUCUAAAGCAGGUAAAAUGGGAUAUGAAAGGGAAAAAAUGUUAAUUACAGACUUCAGCAUUCUAGGUUGGAUCUUUCAGUUGUUCUUGUCAGAAGAACAGGUUUUUAAUGGCCUUCGGGCCAGAGCACUGUUUCACAUUCUCGCUUGGAGGCUUCCAGUGGCAACUGCAACAAAUUCUGCUCAGUACUAGAGCUGGAGAAAAGUUUAUAAUAAUGCAUAACACAAAAUGUUAUUCAGACUUAUUACUCAUGCAUAAAAUAAAACUGGUUCCCUUCUUAAACUUUGUUAAGUGUGAGAUACAACUAUCAAGUUUUGGCCUAUUCAUUUGUUUAUAAUAUAUAAUUUAAUUUAAUUGCUCCGCUAUUUCAUAUAUGAAUCACAGGUAUUAUCAUCAUAAUUAUUUAACAGUUAAUCUCCUUUUACAAGGUAGAUAAGUGUUUAUGAGCAACUUCAAAUCAAAAUACCAGACAGAAAAACUAAUUUACAUAUAAAAGCAAAGCAAAUGGAUGGGUCCUUUCUUAUAUGGCCUUGUGACAUCUUUGGACACCCACUCUUCUUGGUAGGCCUUCAUAUGUGGACAUAGAACAAUGGUAGGGGUCUGUUCACUAAAGAUCAGUACAGGAACUUCCAUCCUUUCCACCCUUGGGCAACCUGCCAUUUUCCUUCUGCUAUCACACCUGUUCAGCUAGUAGGGCAAAGAGGUGCCCUACUGGACACAAGGACACACUACUCUUACCGAGAGGAGAUGAUAGGAGGAAAGAUAAAGAACUGAACCCACAGGUUUGAGGCUUCCUCUCAUUGAUCAUCGAGACUUCAGUUUUCUUGAUUUAUUAUUCCUUCAUGUAUUGCUGGACACAAUGAAUUGCACACCCAUUCGAGAAGGUUCCAGGCACACAGGGGGAUACCAAAGCUUCUCUAGCCAGGUGUCUAUAAUCUAGAUGAGUCAAAAGGGAUAAAAUUGAAAUGGUUAACCAAAAAUUCACAGCAGUAUAUAUGAUUUAGGGCUGAGAUAAGUAAGGCAAGAAACAAAUGCAGAAAUUCAGAGAAGUAUAAGGUCAGCAUGGAGUGGAGAGUACAGCUAGGAAAAACCUCGUAGAGAAGGAGGGAAUUGAACUAGAGUAGAAAGUUCAGAGAUGGACGGAGUAGGCUUAUGAAAAGUACUAAGACAUACAUAGAAAAAGGAACAAGAAUGGAAUCAACGUAUGUGAUUCGUUAGUAUAAAAUAUCCACGGCAAGUCCGUAGAGAUAGGAAGCAGAUUAGCGGUCUCCAGAGGCUGAGGCAGAAGGAAAGGAGGAUGCCUGCUUGAUGGGCACAGGAUUUCCUUUGGAGGUGAUGAAAGUGUUUUGGAACUACAGAGAGGUGGUGGUUGCACAGCUGUAAGAAUGUACUAAAUACCACUGGAUUGUGCCCUUUAAAAUGGUUACUUUUAUGUUCUGUGAAUUUUACCUCAAAUGUUUAAAAAAAAGUUCUUGGCUUGAGAUAGCUAAAGAGGAAGGAGAAAAGGAUUUCCAUUAUAAGGCAACCAAGCCUGGAAUGGUAAGGUGCUAUGAUUCCCUAUUCUCUAAUACUGACUUAAGAGAACAUAUUUCCCUCAAUAUUAGCUCUAUGGGAACACCAGUAUCUACUCAGUUUCUGGCCAUUUUUGUAGUCCUUGUAAUUACAUUUACCUAAAUUUGCAUGCAAUUUUGAUUUUAAAGAUGUCUGUGCAGUUAGUUCCACAAUUCUUUUUAAAGCAAGUACUACUCUCUUAUGCCUUCUCAGCCAUUCAUUUAUUUCCAGUUUUAAUAUUUAUAGUAAGUUCCUCUUUCAUGUGAUAUUUUUCACAAAUAAUGUGAACUUCUGCAGAAGUGAGUUACGUAAAUCGCUGUCAGGCUGCCGAUCUGUAGAUCAUUUGUUCUUGCUCCUGUGAUGUCAUGCUAUCGUUGAGCAAGAUCUGGCAUGACUACCCAUUUGGGGAUAUCUUUGGGAUGCCAUUUUGAUGUGGGUGAAAGUUUAAAUAACUUUCAAUUUACUUGACUUAGUUAUUACAAACAGCAAACAGUUACUGUCAUUGUUUAGCAGCUAGUGUGGUCAUAGUUUAAUUGUAUUUCAGAGGAUCUGGAGUACUUAGAUUCCUUUAGGAGUGAUAGCCUCACUGUAUUGGGGGGGAUUCUAGAAUGUUUUUACACAAAUAAAGGAUAUUAUUUUCACAAGGAUUAUUCUAGUGCUUAGGUAUCAGGUGAAGAAAAAUGUUAGCUGCAGAAGAAAAACUUGGUUUCACUUUAAGUCUGGUAGAAUAUUUUGUUAAAAUAGCCACUUUUCAUUGUGUAUUAUUAAAGCAGCUUAUACUUUUCACUAAAAUAUGUGUCAGAAUUUUAUAUAUGCCUAGAACAGUGCCUGGUAUAUAGUAGGUACUCAAUAAAUAUUUAUUGACUAUUGUUCCAUGAAGGUGGGGCAAUGGCAGACAAGACAUUUCAAAUGGAGAUGUGUAUGAGCACAGGCACAGAAGGAGGGACAUUGUGAAUGUAGAGAAAAACAAAGGUAGUUUCCUUAAGGUAGCAUUUAUGUGUCAUUAUCAAUGGGAAAAUUUGGGGGCCGAGUAAUUUUGGUGGCUUCUUAAUUUCUUAAUAUUUAAAAAACCAAUGAUAACUCUUUCUUAGGCUUAUAUCCAAAGUAAACAGCUGAGCUUGACUAUGAAACAGUUACUUGUGACUAAUUCUGAGUUCUGAGUCUCUUCUCUCUUUUUGAUCUUCUUUCCUUCUUUCCUCCCUCCCUCUUUUCUCCUCUUUUCCUUUUCCUCUCAAUCCUUGCCCUAGCUCUGUCUCUUAUUCCCCCUUCCCCUGCCACUUCUUUUAUUCUUUGUGUUUCCUAUGCUCUGUCUUUUUUUCUUAUUUCUCUGUCUCUCUCAUUCUCCCUGUGAGGCUCUCUUCCUUUCCUCUCUGUAACUAUAAUAUGGAAGUGAAGUGUAUUUUUAUCUACUAAUCAAAUGACCAAAUAGGGAUCUUUUUGUUCUGAAUUUAAUGUGAACAAAAUGUUUAUGUUGCUCUGAGGCAAAAUAAAAUUGGAUAUCACAAAUGUGUUUUGAUUUUUUUUUUUUUAAGUAUUGAAUCUCUAAUCCUCAAAUGGCAGAAGGAGGUCUGUGGACUGUGACUCGGAAAUUCUUGUAAAGCAUAGUGGCUUGUUGAGAUUUGAAAGAAACCAACUCUAAACCACAGAUACACAGCGAGAAGGCCAUUUUCUCAAAGAGUCUCCCUUUAACGGGAUUGAUGUUUUGCAAGAUAUAGACAAAAUGUCAGUGUGAAUUACAGCAAAUCCCUAUUCCAUGCUGUUAUGGGUGAAACUCUGGGAGAUUCUCCUAUUGACCCAGAGAGUGAUUCCUUCACUGAUAUACUGUCUGCAAGCACGUCACAAGAAAUUACGAUGGUGGACACAGAGAUGCCCUUUUGGCCCACCAACUUUGGGAUCAGCUCCGUGGAUCUUUCCAUGAUGGACGACCACCCCCACUCCUUUGACAUCAAGCCCUUCACCACUGUUGAUUUCUCCAGUAUCUCUAGUCCACACUAUGAAGACAUCCCAUACACAAGAGCGGACCCAAUGGUUGCUGAUUAUAAGUAUGACCUGAAACUCCAAGAGUACCAAAGUGCCAUCAAAGUGGAGCCUGCGUCCCCACCUUACUAUUCUGAAAAGUCUCAGCUCUGCAGCAAGCCCCAUGAAGAGCCCCCCAGCGCCCUCGUGGCGAUUGAGUGCCGGGUGUGUGGGGACAAAGCUUCCGGGUUCCACUACGGAGUCCACGCGUGCGAAGGGUGCAAGGGUUUCUUCCGGAGGACAAUCAGAUUGAAGCUUAUUUAUGAUAGGUGUGAUCUUAACUGUCGGAUCCACAAAAAAAGCAGAAAUAAAUGUCAGUACUGUCGGUUUCAGAAAUGCCUUGCAGUGGGGAUGUCUCAUAAUGCCAUCAGGUUUGGGCGGAUGCCACAGGCCGAGAAGGAGAAGCUGUUGGCGGAGAUCUCCAGUGAUAUCGACCAGCUGAACCCAGAGUCUGCUGACCUCCGGGCCCUGGCAAAGCAUUUGUACGACUCAUACAUAAAGUCCUUCCCGCUGACCAAAGCAAAGGCGAGGGCCAUCUUGACAGGAAAGACAACAGACAAAUCACCAUUUGUUAUCUACGACAUGAAUUCUUUAAUGAUGGGAGAAGAUAAAAUCAAGUUCAAACAUAUCACCCCCCUGCAGGAACAGAGCAAAGAAGUAGCCAUCCGCAUCUUUCAGGGAUGCCAGUUCCGCUCUGUGGAAGCAGUGCAAGAGAUCACAGAGUAUGCCAAAAGCAUUCCUGGUUUUGUAAACCUUGACUUGAAUGACCAAGUAACUCUCCUCAAGUAUGGCGUCCAUGAGAUCAUUUACACGAUGCUGGCCUCCUUGAUGAAUAAAGAUGGGGUUCUCAUAUCUGAGGGCCAAGGAUUCAUGACAAGGGAAUUUCUAAAGAGUCUGCGAAAGCCCUUUGGUGACUUUAUGGAGCCCAAGUUUGAAUUUGCUGUGAAGUUCAAUGCACUGGAAUUAGACGACAGCGACUUGGCAAUAUUUAUAGCUGUCAUUAUUCUCAGUGGAGACCGCCCAGGCUUGCUGAAUGUAAAACCCAUCGAGGACAUACAAGACAGCCUGCUGCAAGCCCUGGAACUCCAGCUCAAGCUGAACCACCCCGAGUCCUCUCAGCUCUUCGCCAAGCUGCUCCAGAAAAUGACAGACCUCAGGCAGAUUGUCACGGAACACGUGCAGCUCCUGCAGGUGAUAAAGAAGACGGAGACGGACAUGAGUCUUCACCCGCUCCUGCAGGAGAUCUACAAGGACUUGUAUUAGCGGGUCCUGCCCGCUGCCGCGGCUCCCUGCCCCGACUGCACUAUUAUCCUGAGGGAAAAUCUGACACCUAAGAAAUUUACUGUGAAAAAGCAUUUAAAAAAGAAAAGGUUUUAGAAUAUGAUCUAUUUUAUGCAUAUUGUUUAUAAAGAUACAUUUACAAUUUACUUUUAAUAUUAAAAAUUACCAUAUUAUGAAACUGCUGAUAGUAAA